CAUCCCAAUUGUACUUGGUGGAAUAAUCAGAGAUAAUACCGAUGUUCUUAAAUCUUCUUUAUUUGUCUUCAACCGAAGCUACAGUAAUCCUCUUUAUCCAAUAGCUAUAUACAGACGGCGAGAUAAGUAUUUACGUAUCCAGAGGUAAAUGUUAACUGCUCUUUGGUAAAUGAUCACCAACCCAAUAUAACAACAUAUUUAUAAAACUGCUGUACUUUAAACAAGCCCUUUGUCACAUUACUAAUAACAGCCAGUUAUACUCUCUUGUUCUAUCAUAAAUAUAAAUGUAAGGUAUAUCAUUUACUAUUUGAAUCUGUGAAUACCCUUGAAUUAAAAAUAUGAAACCACCUAUCUGCUAGCAAUAUGAAUUGGCUAGUGGUAUCCAAAUCAUUACUCUUUAAUAGUCCUUGCUUACCAAAAAACUGUAUAGAUUUGGCUGUUGUUUCAGAUAACAGCUGUGCAGCUAGAAUAACAUUCAUUCUUCUAGGUCCUUCUACAUCAAUAUGAGUAUCAUUUAAUUUGAACGAUGUCUUUAAGUCUUUCCUACUUCUCUUGACUAUCUCUCGUAUGCUUGAAUUUGUCACAUAAUUGCAUCCUUUGCUGGAUCCAUUUGUCUUGUGUUUCUUUAUCUUUCGGAAACCGAUAAUAAUUAUAAAUUGAUUUUCCUAUCGAAUAAUUUGUACAGUCACGCACUGCGCAUGACAAGUUGGUGCGAGUUAAAAUUCUGUUGGCCUUGGGACCAAUAUGACUUUGGAACAGAGCAAGGCCGUGAGACAGAUUGAGAGGGGGGGAGAUGGAUGUCUGACCUUCUGGCCAACUCAUUACAGACUGACCAUAGGUUCAGCCAGGACCUCUUUUGAACCUAUUGACGUCAUGGAUGCGCAUACGACAAAAAUUUCAAGCGGCCGUGGGUUGACCUGUUAAAAUUCUAUUAAAAUUCUAUUGGCCUUGGAGUCAUCAUCCAUCACAAGUCGUCUCAUCCUGGCCACGAGUUACCAUUCCCAGUUCUGUAUUUUUGGUGUUAGUUAUUACUUUUUAUUUAAGUAUCUAAUUGCUAUGUUAGAUAAUUAUAUUUCACAGUCUUUAACAACAUCAUAAUCCUCUAAACCUGGUUAAUAUGAUAAAAUAUGCUGCAUAAUGGUGGAAAAUCAGCGCAGAAGUUAUGAUGAGAAACAACAGUUUACUAACACAAAUGAUUAUAAAAUACAUUAUCAGUCAUUGCUGAUGACUUUAAAUGAAAACUCAGUUCUUGCGACUUUCAUAUUUUGUAAACUGUUCAACCAUUUGUUUUUCAUUUGCAUUGCAGUGGGUACCUUUUUGAGGCCUAGAUGGCAUUACUAGUUGGCAACAUUCCGAUCUCCAUACUGCACCCAAAAUAGUAAUGCUCCAUUUGCCAUUUUGCAUAAAAUACACAAUUUAGAAGCAGAUUCUCUCCUCAGAUAUGCAUACAAACUUACAUCAAAGGCAUUAAAUCCAUCGAGUCUAGAAAGGCAAAACGUCAGCCUUGCUCUACAAAUUUUCAACGAAUAUGUCAUAGAAGCACUUUUGACAACGGGAAGUGGCCCUCCUCCUUGGCAAGCACCUCGCUGGCAAAGGGCGGACUGCAUUCAAGGCCCUUCCCCUGAAUGAGCGACAAGACCUCGCCCUCGUCCGAGAGGCAAUCCCUGGGGCUUACGAGUUGACCCCAGACCGGUGGAGGCAGAAAUGGAGGACUAUGCCCAAGGAGGCUAAUCAGACAUGGGUAGAGUGGGUAGCAAAGAAGACACCGGCACUCCAUAGGUGGACGAAGGCCUCCAACGCAACAUCUGCUGAGGAGGUCUUAGAACUCUUUCAAUUUGAGGACUUCCUUUCCUACACCCCCCUGAUCUUGCCACCCACUUGGUGGACAAGACCCCUAAGACUAUUUUGGAGUGCUGUAAGUGGGAAGAUGCCUAUGACACCCACUAUCCAUUGCAGAGUUCUUUAAAGAAAAUACACCCUGCUCUCCCCCUCACUCCUGCUGCCACCUCUCAGCCUACCCAGCGCCCCAAUAACCCUCCUCGGAAACCUGUGUGUGGGCAUUGCAAUAAACCAGGUCACACUACAGAGCAGUGCCUCUCAAAGAUGGAUCCUCCUCAGCGAGCUGCCACCACUCCUCCGAAUGGACUACCCAAUCAUUAUAACAAUAAGAACAACGGCCAUUGGAACAGAAACAACAGGCCCAGGCCUGAUUUUAGCAAGAGUUUCUGUGACUCAUGCAAAGUGCAUGGGCACAUUGCUGCCUGGGCAGGAUGCCCCAAGAAAGCUCCUGUUUCUGCCAUCGCUAUGGCCAUGUUGAAUCCAUCAGCUCUAGGCCCUCCUGCUCAGGGCCCCAUAUUGGUCGCACCUCCCAGGGGUCACUAUCCUGCCCACCAGGUCCGAGCUUUCGACGACACUGGUGUGCAAGUAUCCAUCAUCGGAGAGGAUAAAAUUCCUUACGGAGCUCAGGUUGACAGGCACCAGUUCAUCACGAUAGAGAGCCUCAACCACGUCAAGAUGUUCUUACCUACUGUCCGGUUGAGAGUCACACGACCUCACCAUUCUAAGUUAUGUACCAUGGCAGUAGCAACCUAUAGACCAGGAGGUUAUGAUGUCCUGCUAGGACAAGAUUUUAAGUCUCCUCCUACCUCUAUACUGUAUCAGGGCCCCUGCCCUCACAUAGCUCCAGACCCAUUCCACAGGCCUCCAAGAACUACCUCUGCACAGCCAGUGCCACUUGAAGGUGCCAGGCAGUGCCAGGCUCCAUCUCUCAUGGAUGUUGAGCCACGUUCGAGUCCUUCCACUAAGCCAGGAACGGCCUCAGUGCCACUGCCAAGGCAAGACUCGAGUCUUCCUCCUGGGGCUCUAACUCCUGGUCGCUCUCCCACUGCUGGCUUGGCCCCACUACCCAUGCCAGCCAGCAAUCAAGGAAGAGCCAAUUCCAAUAGGAUUCCUCCAGGACACCCAUGAUCAUAGAGGACACUCCACCAACGGUGCAGCCUCGCAGACCACCCCAGAGUCGGUCCUCCCCACGGGUAAGCCCAUCCCCAAAUACCAUUACCUCAUCUUAUCCCCCUCCGUCAGCAGCUAACCGGUCCUAGAGUAAUGACUCUGCCAAAUCCUAUUUGGCCGAAGAACUCAGGGAACCAAGCCACGCAGCAUAAGGCAUGGGAACGAGUGCCAAGGUCCCAGUUGUCACAACAGCUGGAGCCGAUGCCCCUGCGGAAUCUUCAAAGGGCUUGGAUCAUCCAAGGCCCCCAUGGCAUCGUCAAACUGACCUUGGAGAGGUCGAAGGAAGAAGGGAAAGGGGUGUCGAGGUUUUCCGAAACCUUACAAGAGCCAAUAGCCUCUCUGCACUAGUGCCUGGCACAUUUCCACCCUCUUAUACAGAAUUCUGACCCUCUCCAUCCAGAGGAGAGUGCCAGAUUCUGUUACUUCUACUUCCUUUUGUAACUUUCUAUUUAUUUUCUUUUUUUUGUACUGUUUGUAUCUUCUCUUCCUUGGUUUCCUUUCCUCUUAUUUACUGCCUUGAGGCAUUUAUUGUAUAUUGUAUGCUCUGCUUAGGCAGAGCCAAACCUGCCAGCCAUUCUGGCCUCGUAUAAAUUAGUACUUCUUUAUGAACUACCGUCGUAAAAGUGCCACAAUUGGCACCAUGCCCUAUUCUAGGCACUUAGAAUUCCCUUUGACUUGGGAAAAUUUUAGCCAGCAGGCAUUGCUAUAGCUUUAGAGAUAAUUUCGAAGCCUGGCUCGUUUAUACAUUGGUUGAUUAGCUUUUUGAUUUAGUGUUGUUCCAUAGUCUUUGUAUUUUGUGAAACUGCCAUUGUCUUUGGUGAAAUUUACACUUUUUUGUGUUAUCCUAUUUAAUCUCUAUGAAGAAUUACUUCAUUAAUUUUCCCCUUGUUAGUUUGCACUAAGGUUUACUUGGAUGUCAUUAAUACUGUUAGGUGUCUUCUUGUUACGAGACAAAGUUGCUUAACGAAACCAUAGGGCCAUCAACACACCUGAACGCGUCAUAUCACCCAUCAAGGGACGAGGAUUUAAAAGGAUUGGGAGCCAGCGGCUCAUGCUCAAAACAACUUUGGAGCUCAGAAUAACACCAGACCUAAGAUAGGUCAGAUCUCCUGCACCCGCCAGACGCCACCUUCUCCCCCUUUGUCUGCUUGCCCCUACUCUUUCUGGGAAGUCCCAAGUAUAUUUUUAAAAGGUCCAUAGUGCAUGGAAACAUCAAGGAGAAGACUACCAGCCCUCAAAUAUCCAGACAAACACUGUGCCUGAUUGUGGUAGAAGUUGGAAGCCCUUGGAGCAAGCUUGUAUUUUCAAUCCGUUUGCUCAAAAUUUCUAAACGCCGUGACUGGAUUGCUCCAGCCACGUGUUCCAGUGGAUCGACAAAGCGACCCCCCCUUUUUAGUCUCCUGGACCUCUGUAAAUUCAUGGAAAUACAGUGCAUUUAAAACUAGAGUCCAGCCUUUAUGUAAAUUCCUCCUUCCUCAGUAAUAUCGGCCUUAUGCCUGAGUAGUUUUUUUUUCCUUUGUUCUGAUCCCUUGUCCUCCAUUCAAGGCCAAAUUUUUCAGUGUUAACUACAUUUCCUAGGAGUGAACGAGGUGAAAUCAGAACAAACAUAAUUUAUAGUAAUGAGACAAAUGAGAAGCAAAUGAUGGACAUAACAAAAAUACUUACUAAACAAACAUGAAAAGCAUAGAAUGUAAGAAAAUGAACAUGAAACGCAUAGAAAGUAAGAAAAUGAACAUGAAAAGCAUAGAAUGUAAGAAAAAACAUGAAAAGUAUAGAAUGU